AUGGUAGAACAAUACGGUUAUCCUGCUGAGGAAUACAAUGUUACAACAGAGGAUGGUUACAACUUGAUAAUACAUAGAAUACCUGGAAGUCUAUUACUGGAUAACAAUGUAAAGAAGGAAAUUGUAUUCUUUCAACACGGUAUGUUGGCCUCAUCGAAAUGCUGGCUAAUGUAUGGUCCCGGAAAAGAUCUUGCAUUUCUAUUAGCUGAUAGAGGAUAUGAUGUAUGGUUUGGAAAUAUGAGAGGACUUACUUACUGUAGAUCGCACGUGAAUAUGACGACAAAUGAUCGCAAAUUCUGGCAGAUCACAAAAGAUGAAUAUAGAACAAGUGUAGGGGAAUUAGUAACGUAUUAUUUGGAUUUAUGCAGUUUGCAGACCGUAAAACAAUGUGCAAAAGAAAUAAUAACGAAUGAAGCUACUAUUGAUAUACUUAUCAAUAAUGCCGGCGUCUGUGCACAUCCAUAUGAAAAAACUAUAGACGAAAAUGAAUUGACAUUACAAUCAACCAUCUAA